AUGAAAGAGGAGAACCUGCGGCCGGAGUCCCCCGAGGGCAGCCCGGCCAGCAGCAGCGAGGAGGAGGAGGACGACGAGCGGCGGCCGCCUAAGAAAUGCCUCCGCAAACGUGGCCAGGUGGGCAAAGGCGGCGGCGGCGGCGAGGACCGCAGGGUCCCUUCCCCGCAGGGCAAACGCAGCCGGCGGAGCCCUGCGCCGGCACCGGCACCGGCGGCGCCCUUCGAGGAGCUGCACUCGCAGCGAGUCAUCGCCAACGUGCGGGAGCGGCAGCGAACGCAGUCCCUCAACGACGCCUUCGCCGAGCUGCGCAAAAUCAUCCCCACGCUGCCCUCCGACAAGCUCAGCAAGAUCCAGACCCUGAAGCUGGCCGCUCGCUACAUCGACUUCUUGUGCCAGGUGCUGCAGAGCGAGGAGCUGGACCAGAAGGUGGCCACCAGCUGCAACUACCUGGCCCACGAGAGGCUCAGCUACGCCUUCUCCGUCUGGAGGAUGGAAGGGGCUUGGUCCAUGUCCGCAUCCCACUGA